UUGACCGAUUGAUAUGAAGUGUAAACGAAAGCAAUCUUUUGUGAUUUUAUUCGCUGGACUUCAAUUGCGUAAAUACAUCAAAUAUAAUAAUGCAGAUAUACACUAAACUAAAUUUUAAAUGAAACAGCAUGUAUCCAAACAUCGUAGUUCAGCUAUUGUUCGUGAUUAAUUGCUUAAUAUUCAUAUCAUAUGGUGAGGUGUUAAACAGUCAGCAGUGCAAGCCAGUAGGGACUACCUGGACAGAAAAUGGUACCGAAUACAGAAGUCUUCUUUAUCGCAAGGAAUUACAUGCCUAUGCUGUUUGCAAAGUUGGUUACACGCUUUCCAGUUCAAGUAAAAUUCUUUGUGUGAAUGGAUUGUGGGAAAAUCCUUUGCCCCGUUGUGAAAGAAUUACAUCACGCCAAUGUGAGCCUCUGCCAACUGUGAAAAUAGCUAUUAGAAAAUGUGAGAAUGAACCUCCUUCAGAGGGCUCAAUAUGUCGAUACAGGUGCCCCAGAAAGUACUAUUUGAUAGGUUCCAGUGAGCGCCGUUGCGGCCAGAAUUUACGAUGGACUGGUGUUGAGCCUCGCUGCAUUUUGGAAUACUCUCAUACAAUCAAAGCCAUUAACCCUGCUACUGCAUUUGACUACUCUCAUUAUAAUCGAAGACAAGAAAAGAUUUCACCUAACAAUAAUAAUGAACCUCAAACUUGUGAUAUUAAUAAUGGUGGCUGUGAACAAAUAUGCAACUCAUCCAGUGGUUUUCCUGUCUGUUCCUGUAGAAAUGGAUUUAGACCUGAGAGAGGGGGAAAAUGCCAGGAUAUCGAUGAGUGUCAAUUUCCUCAUCUGAAUCAAUGCAAUCAGAAAUGUCUCAAUACUCCUGGAAGUUACUCGUGUUCAUGUGAAUCUGGUUAUAUACUCAAAAAUAGUUAUGAAUGCGAAGAAAUCAAAGCCAAUAAACGUAAGUCUAUAUUUCACGUUCCUCGUUACAAUUACAAGGAAGAACGAGGAGACAUUGCAAACAAAACUAUUAAACCUAAAACUUGUGAUAUUAAUAAUGGAGGCUGCGAACAAAUAUGCAACUCAUCCAGUGGUUUUGCUGUUUGUUCCUGUAAAGAAGGAUAUAGGCGCUUACAAGACGGAAGAUGCAUGGAUAUCGAUGAGUGUCAAUUCCCUCAUCUGAAUCAAUGCAAUCAAAAGUGUAUCAAUACUCCUGGAAGUUACUCGUGUUCAUGUGAAUCUGGUUAUAUACUCAAAAAUAGUUAUGAAUGUGAAGAUAUUGAUGAGUGUCAAUUUCCUCAUCUGAACCAAUGCAAUCAGAAAUGUUUCAAUACUCCUGGAAGUUACUCGUGUUCAUGUGAAUCUGGUUAUAUUCUCAAAAAUCGUUAUAAAUGCGAAGAUAUCGAUGAGUGUCAAUUUCCUCAUCUGAACCAAUGCAGUCAAAAGUGCAUCAAUACUCCUGGAAGUUACUCGUGUUUAUGUGAAUCUGGUUAUAUUCUCAGCAAUCGUUAUGAAUGCGAAGAUAUUGAUGAGUGUCAAUUUCCUCAUCUGAACCAAUGCAAUCAGAAAUGUUUCAAUACUCCUGGAAGUUACUCGUGUUCAUGUGAAUCUGGUUAUAUUCUCAAAAAUCGUUAUAAAUGCGAAGAUAUCGAUGAGUGUCAAUUUUCUCAUCUGAAUCAAUGCAAUCAAAAGUGCAUCAAUACUCGUGGAAGUUACUCGUGUUCAUGUGAAUCUGGUUAUAUACUCAAAAAUAGUUAUGAAUGCGAAGAUAUUGAUGAGUGUCAAUUUCCUUAUCUGAAUCAAUGCAAUCACAAGUGUAUCAAUACUCCUGGAGGUUACUCGUGCUCAUGUAAAUCAGGUUAUAUUCUCAAAAAUAGUUAUGAAUGCGAAGGCUGCCGUAAGAAUUCAUACAGUUCAGAAAUCUAUAAUAUUUGUAUUGAAUGCCCGCCGGAUUCAGUGACUGAUUCCAAUGCAAAAUCAUCCAUCGCAGAUUGCCGUUGUCUUCCAGGAUUUAUCGGAUCUCCCCCUCAUAAUAUACCCUGCAGAGAUAUAAAUGAAUGCCUUAUAAAAAAUUUUGGUUGUUCACAUUCUUGCAUAAACACACCUGGUUCUGCCCUCUGUUCAUGUCCUCCGGGAUUUGAACUGAAAGAUGACAAUAAGACAUGUGUUGAUAUCGAUGAAUGCCAAAUAAAAAAUGGAGGUUGUCAAAUGUUUUGCCACAAUUCUAUCAGAAGUUUUCAUUGCUCAUGUUCAAGUGGAUAUACAUUGGCUAAAGAUAACUAUUCUUGCAUGGAUAAUGAUGAAUGCGCUGAUGGUAAUAAUGGUGGCUGCAGUGACAUUUGCAACAAUUUUCCUGGAGGUCAUUAUUGUUCUUGCCGCAAAGGUUUUCGACUGGAUAUUGAGGGAAAAACAUGCUUAGGAUCCCGAUGUCUUUCAGUGGCUGUUCCCCAUCACUCAUCAUUGCAUUGCAAAGCUGCUAAUAAAACAAAAGUUAUUUCAAAACCGCAUGAUUAUUCUUCACAGAAUCCACCUGAUUAUCCUUUUGGUACUAUUUGCAAGGUCAAAUGUGGAAGAGGAUUUCAAGUGAACACCUCCAGCGAAGUAAUAGAAUGUUUAGAAGAUGGCAAUUGGAAUGCAACCACACCUCAAUGCAUAGCAUCCCAUUGCCCAUCCUUGAUGAUUCCUGAUAAUGGAGAUGUGUAUCCCCCUACAUGCAAAGAUGAUUUCAUUCCAGUUAAGCAACAAUGUUAUUUCACCUGCAAACCUGGCUAUGAAAUGUUUGGUGGAAAAAGCGUGAUUAAAUGUAAAUACAAUUUAACUUGGACAGAUGAUCCACCCUCCUGUAUACCUGUCUAUAAACCUCCAUCCAUUAUUUGUCCAGAUGAUAUAACGGUAGAACUUAGUUUGAAUGAAAGCUCUUCAAAUCUCUCUAUUCCUCAGCCAAUCACAAACAUGGAAAAUGUUGAAAUUUAUCCUGAUUGGAUAAGGUUAGAGCAACCCAUUCCUUUUCCAAGUGGCAAAACAAACGUAUUAUUUAAAGUGAGAAAUGCUGACUCCAACGUGACUUCGCAGUGCAUCAUGACAAUCAAUGUUAUAGACACAGAAUCUCCAGUGUUUGUUAUGUGCCCAGAAUCUUUUAGUGUGAGUGACGUCGGUUAUCAAGGGGUCCUUGUGACCUGGAGCGAGCCCGCUGUUACUGACAAUGUUGCCAUCCACUCAGUUGUAAAAAACUUGGAUCCAAAUUCUACUCUCAACGCCGGAGUUCAUUUUGUUGAAUAUACAGCUAAAGAUGCUGCCGGAAACAGUGCAACCUGUGCAUUUCAAAUUAAUAUUACCCGUGGUCACUGUAAAGAUCUCAAUGAUCCUGAAAAUGGCAGGGCUGUUUGCAUGGAUUGGCUGAUGGGUAGGCUCUGUAGACCUGCAUGUAAUCCAGGCUUUUCGCGCGAUCCCGAUGAGCCUAAAUUUUUUGCUUGUAGUGAUUCUAGAAAAUGGACCCCUUCAAAUACCAUUUCCCCGUGUUUUUCUGUAUGUUCGAAUGGAACAGAAUGGUCAGCAAUCUCGCAAAGCUGUGAGGAAGAAUAACUUUUAUUAUACAGUAAUAAAUAUUAAGGUACAAAGGCCAUUAAACUGUAAUUAAAAAUUG